AUGAAUCAAAUGAGUUCGAAAAUACUUGAGUUAGAGGAAGCGCAAGAAGAUCUUAAAUUAUAUUCUCGAAGGGAUUGCCUGGAAUUCCAAGGCGUACCCGAAAUGCCAAGUGAGAAUACUGAUGAGUUGGUUACUGAAAUGUGUAAGUUAAUUGCAGUCGACAUUCAACCUUCAGAUGUCUCAGUGAGUCAUCGUUUACCAUCUAGAAAAAGUACUACGCCUCCAAUAAUUGCUAAAUUUACUAGAUGCUGUAUACCAUAAUAAAGGUCGUCUGAGAGGUCUCAACUCAUCAAAUUUUGUUGGUAUUUCGCAAUCAGUGAAUAAAUUAUAUAUAUUUAACGAAAGCUUGACACCUAAAGCCAAGGAGCUAUUUUAUAAAGUGAGGGAAUUCCCAUAUGGCAAGUCCUAUGUGAAGAAAACUGAUACUAAUGCUGCUGUAUCAUUCAAAUCAAUGAAGGAGUUUGAGUUGUUCAGUGCAAAUUUUACACCCUAG